CAUUACACCACAUACGAAGAAGAUGAUGCAGAAGAUACUGAGAUACGAUGGAGUAAUUUGCUUUUUCUUCCAUUCCAUCCCAUUUUCAGAGGCAUUGUUAUCUUCAUGGUUGUGAUAAAAACAAUUCUUGGUCCCAUUCAAUCCGUUUAUCCCAUUGUAUAUUGCUGGGAAACGAUGGAUGUAGUACCACUGUGGUCGUUUAUUAAAUUUCUGUAUUUGUAUUGUUGCGAUCCUAUAUAUGGCCUCGAUACUUUUCUGCAUAUGCUUCACAGACAAGUCACCGAGGAAGCUAUGAGGCGGCAAUAUUUACCAAAGCCGGCAUUUUUGCUUUUCCUUGAUAUUUUGUCUUUAAUACCUUUCUAUCGGAUUAUGGCGGAAGAAGUUUGCGCACCAGUCUCCUUAUGGCCAAAUAUACUUUCAUUUAGCGAAUUCCUUAUUGUGUACAGAGUAGCACAUGCCUUUUCUUUGAUAACGACUCAUAAAUUUAUAACAAUAGUAUUCGGUUUUACAAUAAUUUUGGCCAUAGGCCUUAAUUGCAUUACUUCUUUUUUGCUUCUAUUUACUACCUACGGUCUUUGUGAAAAUUGUAGUGAUGGAAAUUAUGAUUGGCGGAGCUAUGUCAUUCAUAAAUUGAAUGAAACCGACCAAUACUAUAGUUCUUACAUUUAUGGAUUUUCGGUAGCUUUUUCAUAUGUUGUUAAUAAACAAUACGAUGAGAUUAAACCUUCAACAUUAUUAGAAUAUGUAAUUUUUAGUAUAGUGGCGAUUGGCGGGAAUGUUUUACUUACAUUUGUAGUGUUUCCAAAAAUGGUUGCUGAAGCACUGAUAAAAUUUAGAAGGAUAAACGUAUAUUAUCCACAGGUAAAAAGAGUAGUAGAAGAAACCAAAAGACGUAAUCCAACAUCGAAUGCUUACAAAGAUGUUAAAAGUUUCUAUGAGCUUAUGUGGACAAAACGGAAUGGUAUAACUAUGAUACCUGAGGUGAUAGCAGAGUUGCCUCGGUAUUUAAGAAUUGAGAUUAGACAAGAUUUAGUUUGGCCGGUCUACUAUCACAGUCCAACUCUACGUAAAACUUCAUCUCCUUUUAAGCGAUGGCUAAGUGAAUAUGUUAGAAUUGAUUUUAAGCUUCCUGGUGAAAAAUUCUUUGCUGGACCACAUUGUCACUCGCAUUUGUGUUACCUCAAAUCUGGCAUAGUCCAAUUGUUUUCUUCAGAUGAUGGAUCGACAUCGUUAAUUUCUAUGACAAGUGGGACAAUCUUUGGAGAUAUUAACUUCUUUCUUCCACCUUUGAAGAGAAAAGUAUUCGUUCGUUGUUUGACAUUUUGUGAAGUUUUAUAUGUAAGUCGUAUAGAUUUUCUAAAUUCAUUACAUAAAUAUCCUGAAGAUCGUCGUAUGAUAAUGCAUUUGACAAAAGACAGAAUCAAACAUGCUCGCACUUUGCACACGUGUAAGCAACACGUAAGGGGCUUAGAUCGGACUGAAGAUGAAGGUAUCGCGUGGGUUAAACGACGUUGGUGGGAAAUUUCUGACCUUAUAUCGAAAUGUAAAAAGAAAUCAAAUAAGAAAGAGGGUGACAGGCUCGAACUACCAGCCGAAGAAACUGCGUAUCAUUGUGCAAAAUAUAUUGGUCAGUUAGUUUUGUGUAGCGAUAUUCAACUACAAAUGAAAUCGAUGUUCGCAAAUGUUAAAUUCCCUUGGAUUUUCGUACCGGAGUCAACAUUUGGUACUGUUUGGAAAAGAAUUGUCAUUACUACUGUUUUUUGCGUAUUACUAUUAUAUCCUCCGUAUAUCACUAGGCAUAAAAUACCUACAUGGUUUAAAUUUUUUCAAUUUUGGACAGAUAUGAUUUAUAUUUUUGAUAUUGUAGUAUCACUUUUAACUUCUGUUGUGACAGGUGAAAAUGUUACCGACAGUUUUGCUACAGUAAUGUUCACUCGAUGCAAAAGUACAAAAUUUGUAUUAGAUGUACUAUCCACUAUUUGGAUCGAAAAUUUGACACUUAUUUGUGGAGUACCUAAGUUAUACACGGUAUGUCAAUUUAAUCGACUGAUCAAGAUAUACGUUUUAUUCACUAAAUGGGAAAUAAAAAAGAAGCCGCUUUAUGAUGUAUGUUAUAAAAUUGUCCUAAUACAAUUUUCAUUCACCUACGUCACCAGUUAUUUACUUUUCAUACUUGAUAGAAGUAAUCCGAAUUUGACAACAUCUUAUUUCUUUGGGGAAGUAUUUUGUAAAAAAGAAGUAACGGAUGAUAAGUGUGAUUUCGAAGGAGGUCAUCCAUUGAAAGUAGCUUUGGCGUGGUCUUUAGAAUAUCUAUUCUACGAAUAUCUACCAAAUACACUAGAUGAUAUUUACGUGGCGAUUUUAAUAACUCAUAUUUCUUUUAUAAUAUACGUUUAUUGCAAUACUAAUUUGGUCGCAUCACUAUACCUAAAAUAUCGGGAGAUAUGUAAUUAUCAAUAUUUCGUAUCCAAUAUUAAAAAUCAUUACACGCACCACAAAAUUCAUCCCGAUCUACUCAAGCGCUUGAACAGAUAUUUAGUAUGCCAUUGGAAGUACUACAAUGGAAUGGACGUAAUGCAUCCAAACUUUUUGAAGAAUGAACCUUAUGAUAUUUACUGGAAAGUUCAUGGCGAAGUUGCAGAAAGAGUAAUACAUGAAUCAAGGGCAUUUAUAUCAGCUGAUCCAGCAUUGAUUAGAGAGUUAGCUUACAAGGGAAAAUUUUUGGUCCUUCCUGCAAACUCUACCAUUAUUCUUUUUGGCUUGCAGUGCAAAAAUGUGUCUUGGAUUGUUCAAGGCUCAGUUAUGUGUGAAUAUCCUGAUGAAAAUGGUAACUUGGUAAAAAAAAACUAUAAUCCUGGUGAACUGCUCACGUCUUUUGGAGUAUUUUUUGGUACAGUUUCAUUGAGGACUCUCAGUGCCAACACGGAAUGUGAAAUUUUGUACAUAAAAACACAAGAUUUUAAAAAUAUACUGAAACACUAUCCAAAUGAAUGGGCUCAUAUUCAGUAUUGUGUUGAAGAAUUUUCACCAAGUCUAGAAGUUAUGGUCAAUGAUUACGUGGCGAAACAUCAAAAUUACCAGGAUAUACUAAGACGACAGGUAUUCCAUGCGCGGAAAUCUGGGGUGACAAUUCCUAUAAAAUCAGUAAAAAAUCCGACUCCACUAGAAAAACCAGAAGUAGGAAACGCUUGCUUAAAUCCAGAAUCCAGUUUUGUGUGUUAUUGGAUGCUAUUUCGCGCAAUUGUUGUUCCGAUAUCCAUAUUUACAACAGCGAUUCAGGGUGGUAGUGGAGCCUGUUUCAGAGUGCCAUUCGUUGUAUUAGGUGAAGUGUGUAACGCCAUUGCAUUGAUUGAUAUUAUUAUGAAAAUAUUUGUGGGUUAUUAUAAUGAUCGAGGCUUACUAAUUACAAGCUUACCUAAAACUAUGAAGCACUAUAUGAGCCGCGGAUUCAUAUUUGACCUGAUCGGAUGUUUACCAUGCUACAAGAUUUUCAACUUAUUCACCACUAAUACCAUCAACGAAAACGAUGGGAUGCUAAUUAACACAUUGAGUAAAUUCGCUCAUUUGUACUUACUCAUGGGUUAUUUCAAUUAUGUAGCUGACGUGCCGAACGUCAAUUUCGCAUAUGUAAUGAUAUUCAAGUGGCUCGUUGUUUCUCUAUUGGUAAUGGUGGGAUCGGGUCAUUACUUUGUUGCCCAGUGUAUAGAUUUCAAAUGGGACUCUAAGGGAAAUCUGGAGAGUAUGUCACGUCGAAAUCAUUGCUGGUUGCCAAAUUAUCUCCCACUGGCUGAAAAACCGACUUUAUAUCAAUUACAUAUGGUUUAUGCUGAAAGUCUAAACCUUGCUCAGUGUGGUUUUAUGAGAUUUAAUCUGGGAAAGUUUCAAAUAAAUCGCGAAUACCUUGGCGUUGGAUUUUUACUUUUCCUUCUCGGAUUUAUGUUUUGGUAUGUGAUGUGUUACUCACUAACACUGUUAGUGUUGAACUACCGCGGUAACACGCUAUUUCAACAUGGAGUAAACCAAUUGAAAAGAUUUUUGAAAGCGGAGAGAGUUGAUGACAAACUCAUAAAACGAGCGGUAGCUCAUUUUAGAUACUGGUGGUUAAGGACUAAAGGAAUAAAUAUACAGACCUUAAUGCAAGAACGCAUCGGUGUUAUAUUUAGACAGGAUUUAAGCUACUACUUCUUUAAAAAGACAGUGGAAGCCGCUGAUACUCUUUUGGGAGGUGGUUCGACAGUUGAAAGGGAUUUGGCUAGUGCAGCUACCCAAAUCUAUUUUCUCCCAAAUGAAAUUAUUGUCAGGGAAAUGGACCUCACUCCGUAUGUUUUCAUUGUUCAUCGAGGAAAGAUUAUGGUUAGACAAAAUGAUAAUGACGUAAUGCUUUUAUCAAAGGGUUCUAUGUUUGGCCAGUUAGACAAAUCAACACCAAGACCUCUGCGUAUUUCAGCUGUAUCUACUGAAUACGCUGAUCUUCUACAAAUACCUAUAAAAGAAUUUCAGGAUAUCAUAGACGAAAAGGGUAGGAAUAAUAUUGCUAAAAAUCCUCAAGCCAAUAACGACUAUAUGUGUCUUAAAAAAGCUGUAUUUGAGAAUCCAUACAACACUGUUAAAUAUUUGCUACGACGACGUAAAGCGAUUAAACUUCCUACAGAACUACUUGUCAUUGACGAUAAUUGCGUAGAUGUAACUAUACGAUGGGGUAUAUUAAAGAAGUGGCAAUUUUAUAUGGAUUUUGUAUCUCUCGUAGUCCCUUUAGUUAGUUAUGUAACUAAACGUCGACGUUUUACUUUACUAAGACUCUUAAGACUUCGUCUAUUAUACGAUUUUCAUGAGCACUUUUGUAAGGGAUUUCAGAGUACUAUCGCUCCGAUAGUAUUAAAGUUUACGACAGUGCUUCUUUUGCUUCACUGUAUGACUUGUGGCUGGAUACGAGUAGCGUGUCGAAGCAGCGAAUUUCCUUUAGAAUUACCGGUUAUACCACAACAUGUAAAUGCGAGUAUUGAUUACUCUGAGUGGACGUCCCCGAGUCUUAGGAAAGAAGGAUGUGCUCGAAUAACAAGAAAUUAUAUUGACAACGACAAAAUUACAUUUAGCUUUUUGGUCCCUAUAAAUUGGAUGGCCGAUUACAUUGUUGCCAUGUUGUAUAUUAUUAUUAUUUAUACACAUACUGAAGUCGAUGUUGUUGUCGCUUUAACUUUGAAGCAAAUUUACUACAAACUAUUUGUCAACUUCAUAGUGUAUCCUACAGAGAUAUGGAUACUCAGUGUAGCUAUAAGCGCUGUUUAUACGAAAUUUCGAGAACUAUACGCGUACGACUACGACGUCAAUGUACUAAUUACUUCUUUACGAGAUAGUGGUUUGUCACCAACACUAUUGGAGUCUGUAAGGGAAUACACUAAGCAGCUUUGGCAGAGGCAGAGGGGAAAUUGGCUACCAGAGCUAGCUCAGCAAGCUCCCGAAUGCCUUCGCGAAGAUCUUCUCGGAUCUUUGUACAUACAUCACCUCCACACGGCGCCAUUGUUCCGCGACCUGCCGGAGUAUUUCAAUCGGCAGUUAGUUGCCAGGUUGAAGAGAGUCGUUAUUUUUCCUGGUAAGUGUAUCGUUCAAGAAGGCGAUAUAUUUUCAUUAAUGUGCUUUAUUCAUGAAGGCGAAGUUGAAAAAUGGUACACCGAUAAGAACGGAGAAAGAAAAAUGCUGUCAGUUUUAAACACAAACGGUUAUUUUGGGUUGUUACCGGGACUAUUUCCAAACACUCCGUUUCAAUUUUCAUAUUUCUCCCGAACGGUGGUGGAUAUAGUAUUUUUACGAAAUAGAGAUUGGCAAGACUUACUGGAAGGUUACCCGGACGUGCGGGAUAAGUUAUUUGCUGCAGCGAGACUGUAUAAGAAGGAGGUUCAGUAUUAUGUUUAGCUCUUACUUAGAAAUGCUAUCAUUUUAAAUACUAGAAAUGUCACAUUUGAUAUUUAUUUAGUUUACUGAGUAAAUACGCGAAAA